UGGACUCUAUUGGACAUUACAGACACUCUGAUGUUUACGAACAUGAAGACCGGAGUUUUGCCUGUAAAGGAUGACAAUGAAGGAAGGGGAAGGAUUCUGUGGCAGGUGGCCCAGCAGACGAUGCCCUCCCGGCACAAAGAGCUCGUUCCUAAACCGGCCUGGAUGAGAGUUGGUAAAAUAACAGAGGAGAAAAAGAGAAGAGCUCAUUCAGUCGACAGACAACCUUCAGAGGUGACCGUGAAGCUAACACCCUUUGAAAGAGCUGUGCAUGACCUCGAUCACAAUGACAAGAUUGUCGAUGACCUCACCUUCGGCAGAAGAAUCAGCUUCUACGAGCUACGUGGAGAAAUCGGCAACGGGAACUUCUCCCAGGUCAAACUCGGCAUUCACGACCUGACCAAAGAAAGGGUCGCUGUCAAAAUCCUGGAUAAGGUGCGUUUGGACAGGCGCUCACAGAGAAUGUUCUCCUCUGAGAUCAGCUGCAUGGAGAAGCUGUCUCACCCCAAUAUCGUGCGUCUGUACGAGGUGGUGGAGACGUUCAGACGGCUUCAUCUAGUGAUGGAGUAUGCUCCUGGAGGAGAGCUGUUCUCUAGGAUAUCCACCAGGGGACGACUGUCAGAUCUGGAGAGUAAACUAGUGUUCUCACAAAUACUGUCUGCAGUCAAACACAUGCAUGACAACAACAUCAUCCACCGGGACCUGAAAGCUGAAAAUAUCUUCUACACCACUGCCUACUGCAUCAAAGUGGGCGACUUCGGAUUCAGCACUGAAUGCAAACCCGGUGCCAUUCUCACCACCUUCUGCGGCUCUCCACCCUACGCGGCCCCAGAACUCUUCAGGGACAAAGGCUACAUCGGGCCGCUCGUGGACAUCUGGGCUUUGGGGGUCCUACUUUUCUUCAUGGUAACAGCCAUGUUCCCUUUUAACGGUUCUAGCCUCAAAAGGCUGCGGUUCUGCAUUCUCAGAGGGUCCUACGCCAUUCCUGCGUAUGUUCCCGAUAUAUGCCAGCAUGUUAUUAAGGGGACGCUUAGGCUAGUGCCCACAGACCGCAUAUCCCUGGCACAAAUCAUGUCCAGCGCUUGGUUGAGGGGUACUGAAUACCCACAACCUUACCCAAAUGUCCCGGCCACACCUGCACACCUGGCUGACCCCUUCAGGACCCUAUCUGCAGAUGAGCAAUCGGUCAAGAUGGCACUCGAGGUGUUGGGCAUCACAGAAGCUCACCUGAGGAACAAUGCAGUGUUAGACAGCCGUAGCCCGCUGACCGGGGUUUAUCGGACUCUUCUACACCGCACCCAGUGGAGGAGAUCCAUGGAGGCGUCAGGAUACACAAUCUCUGUCCUAUCAAUACCCAACCCAGAAGACGGUGCUGGUCGCACCCCGUCCAGACUGUCCAGAGAAAAGACGAGUCUGCAGUGUGUUCCAUCCAAUAGACAUGAUGAAUAGAGAGAGACAAUUUAUUGCUGUUCAAGCUAUUUUAAUACAAAACCAACACAUCAAUGUAUAUUUGACUUUUAAAGCAUAGUUUUCAUAGAAGGUGUUAAUGUUAGUAGUACUUUUUAUUCAUACAUUUUCCAUACAAUGUUAAAUAAAUAUUCCAGGUUCAAUAAAAGUUGAGCUCAAUCGACAGCCUUUGUGGAAUAACGUAGAUUACUUUUUGUAUAAAAAGGUAAAUAUCUGAGUUACAGUGAGACACAAUGGAAGUCAAUGGGGGCCAAUCCGUAAACGUUAAAAUACUCACCGUUUCAAAAGUAUUGUCACAUUGUUACCAAUUUCCAACAUCCAAUUUGUAGUUAUAUCCAAUGUCGUUGCCAUGAGGACGUAACACCAUAAACCCUAAAACAAGUUAAACACGAGUUUUAACAGAAGAAUGAAUGUAAGUGCUUUUAUAAACGUAUAAGCUUCGUAUUUCUGCCUUUAAACCCUACAAAAAUGGUCCCCAUUGACUUCCAUUAUAAGCAGGGCUGGACUGGUAAUCUGGCAUACCGGGAAUUUUCCCUGUGGGCCGAUGCACUUUGGGGCCAAUCAGGGGCGGACUGGCCAUCGGUAGAACCGAGCGGGCCAGCGGGUCGGCCGCGUAAUGGACCGAAUGGGCUGCGAUAAGCGGAAAUGAUGCGUUAUGCAUAACAGACCACAAAACGGUGCCGCGAUAUGCAGAAAACUUCAGCGAACACCCCCCCAUGCUCAACAACUUUUGGCUCAGCAUCCACCCCCACCCACCCCAGCCGAUUUCUCUUCCCAAUCCAGCACUGAUUGUAAGUAACAAAGUGUUCUUCGAUUUUUGAAUUUUUUUUUUAA